AGCUUGCGCGUAUCGUCAUGUGGCAUUAUCACUUCAGGGCGAAUCGCUGGUUUAGCCUCAUCUUAGGGGUCAUUGUACUCCAGUCUGUACUGGCGUUUGGCCCAAUCGAUGUAACGGACGCCGAAUGGAUUGAAUACAUGAAUCUGAUGAGCAACUCUAAUUAUCGGUUAGGAACAGAAACUGAACCAAUUAAUUACAAAGUAAAACUAACACCGAAUUUAGUUAGUUUUACGUUUGAAGGUGAGGUUACAAUACAGGUUAGAGUUACCAGUCAGAAUCCAGUCAACGAAAUCAUACUUCACUGCAAUAGUUUGACGAUCAGUUCCGUGUUAGUUACACUGCCAUCCCAAACGCAAAAUCUCGCUACGGGUAAUACUUAUCAAUGCGAAGAUGGUACUGACUUUUUAAGGAUUCCAACUUCAAUUCAACUAACUUCUAACGUUGAGUACGUCGUCGUCACAAUGUCGUUUACUGGGGUUCUGACAAAUACCAUGAGAGGUUUCUACAGAAGUUGGUACUAUGACAGCACAAUGCAAAAGAGAUGGAUGGCAACGACACAGUUCCAGCCUGGCCAUGCUCGUCAAGCAUUCCCUUGCUACGAUGAACCUCGUUUCAAGGCCACGUUCGAUAUAACACUGGUUAGAGACAACAACGCCCAAUCCAAGCCUUCGAUAUCAAACAUGCCCAUAAAAUAUACAGAUAGUACUGUUGCUGGGAAAAUAGCGGAAACCUUCUACACUACUCCUAAAAUGUCCACCUACUUGCUGGCUUUCAUAGUAUCUGACUACAUACCAGUCGCAGUUGGCACGACCCCUCAACGACCAUUCACUAUCUAUGCUAGAGAUAACAUUAAAGAUACUGGCAAAUAUUCUUUGGAAGUUGGAGAAAAACUUCUGAAUUUGAUGGAAGAAUAUACUGCUUUCCCUUAUUAUGGAAUGGGUGAUCAUAUGGAAAUGAAACAAGCUGCUAUCCCAGACUUUAGCGCUGGUGCUAUGGAAAACUGGGGCCUGUUAACCUACAGGGAAGCUCUCAUUUUAUACGAUCCUCAAAACACCAACAACUUUUACAAACAACGUAUAGCUAACAUUAUUUCUCAUGAAAUUGCACACAUGUGGUUCGGUAACCUGGUCACGUGCGCCUGGUGGGACACUCUUUGGCUAAACGAAGGUUUUGCUAGAUUCUACCAGUACUACUUGACAGACAAGGCUGAACCAGAAAUGGGAUUCCCCACACGUUUCAUAGUCGAGCAGUUGCAAGUUUCCUUGCUAUCCGACUCCUUCGCAUCUGCCCACCCCCUCACCAACCCUGACGUGUCAGACAAGGAUUCAGUACGAGCACACUUUUCAACCAUCACUUAUGCUAAAGGUGCCUCUAUACUCAGAAUGACACAGCACCUCCUUGGUGAAGAAACUUACCAGAAGGGUCUUCAGGCCUACCUUAAGGACCGAAAAUAUAAUACUGCUGAACCAGAAGACUUAUUUAGAAACUUGGACGCUAAUGCAGGCAAUUCCCUGGCUAGUUACGAGGGUAUGACUAUCAGUCGCUACUUCAAAUCAUGGUCAGAAAAAGCAGGACAUCCUCUGUUGACAGUUAACAUUGACCACGCUAGCGGACGAAUGACUGUAGGACAACAUCAAUUCGAUAUCAACAAUGGCGUGUCUCCGAAUAAUGGUUUAUGGGACAUUCCUCUAACAUGGACUAGGGCUGGAGCUCCCGAUUUUAACAACCUCAAGCCUUCUGAAUUCCUUAGUGGCCCAUUAAAGAUCAUCGACCGUGGAAGCGUUGGACGAGAAUGGGUCAUUUUCAACAAACAGCAAUCUGGUUUCUACAGAGUAAACUACGACCAGGCUACUUGGACACUUAUUACUCAAGCUUUAAGAAGUAACAACAGAGCAGUCAUACACGAAUACAACCGCGCUCAGAUUGUCGAUGAUGUGUUCGUGCUGGCCAGAUCCAACAUCAUGUCUUAUAUGAGAGCGUUGAAUAUUCUUUCCUUCCUCGAAUUUGAAGACCAGUACGCUCCUUGGAUUGCUGCUAUUACUGGAUACAACUUUGCGCUUCGAAGAUUGGCUCACGACAAUAUCGCUCUUCAAAGUCUGAAGGACAUAAUCUUUGCUUCGAGCACGGCGGUCGUCCAGCGUCUCGGCUUCAUCGAAGGUACCAAUGGUAACUUCAUGGAUGACUUACUCCGUAUGCAUGUGAUGACCUUCCUUUGCAACGCUGGACAUGAACAAUGUUCCAACGUAGCCACACAGCGCUUCCAGGCUUGGAGGCAGAAUGGUGAUCGCAUUCCACCAAACAUGCGCCCUUGGGUGUACUGCGGUGGUCUUCGUAAUGGAAAUGAAGCGGACUUUGACUUUUUCUGGCGACGUUACUUGGACGAAAACUUAUCUAACGAGAAAGUCGUGAUGCUUGGUGCAGCAGGUUGUACAGGAAAUACAGUUGCCUUGCACAAAUUCCUGAACGUAAUCGUAUCCACACCUUCUAUCAACGAAGACGAAGACAUCAGACCUCAAGACUACAGUGCUGCUAUAAGCUCUGCUGUCACUAGCAACGAAGCCAAUACAAUGAAAGUGAUCGAAUGGCUUAUGAAUCACCCUCAACAUCUUGACACAGCAAACGGCAUCAGUCUUUUGUCGUCUGCUACAAGCCGAUUGUUGACCCAGAGUGAUAUUCUAAGGGUCGAAACCUGGUUGAAUACUGCUACCCAACUCAAAGCGGAGGCCAUUCAAGCGGCUAGAGCCGGCAUUGCUACAUCAACGGCAAACAUUCAAUGGUAUCAAAGAAGGCAACAUGAGUUCAAAGCUUACUUCGACACAGGAUACUUUGAAGAAGGUUUUGAAGUUCCUCCUUCCUCCAGUACUACAACUGAAGCUACCCCUUCCACACCUGAAGAUACCCCUUCCACACCUGGUGAUACCACAUCAGACACUACUAUUACUGACGAACCAGGACCAAGCUCUACUGAACCAACCACGACCGCGGAGCCCGGCUCUGCGAACAUUGCUUCUCUUAGCUUCUUUACUUUGAUAAUCACAGUUAUCAUCAACAUGGUUUAAUAUAAAAGCGUUCUGUUGAAGACUAUUAAUAAAGUAAUCAUCCAAAUAAGUGAAAACACCCUUCCCUAAGUUUGUUUCUCAGUAAUAUUCAGUGGUUGUUUUUAAAUAAAGACGAAUUUGUUUGUUACUUUUUAAAUGUAGCAUGCAUAAUAUUUUUUAUUAAUAAUAUAAAUAAAUAUAUUUAUUAACGUCAUCUAUAUAAUUGUUUUUUUAUCCAUUUGAAUUAUGAUAUGUUUGUUUGUAAGUAGGUACAUACAUAUUAUUGUAGAUAUACUUGGAUAUCAUUUUGAUAAAAUGUGAUAAGUAUGUAGCAAUUAGUGGCUACUAAUCUUGAAGUGAUAUCGAAACAUUGGUUGUGCCAAUAUUAUUAUGCUUGCUACUAAAAAAAUCUACACAGAAAACUUUAGUACGAUAUAAAGUUCUCAUAAAAUUAUACAUUACCUGUACAAUCCGGUAGUUUCACAUUAGUCGAAUUUAAGAUUUUUAUUUAAUUAUCAAAAACGAUGAUUUUCUAUGAAUUUUGUAUACAACAUAUUAGGGCGCCAUAGCGUUUUGACGUCAAAUAUCAUACUUAUUUUGGAUCGGAAAGAAUCGAUAAGAAUUUUAUAUAUUAAAAUCUAUGGAUCAGAUUACAAAUUAUUAUUUAGUAUGAUUAUGUUUUUAUAAUUAAUUGUACUAAACAAACUGCAUUAAAAUACAUUUUUUUUUACUUAAAAUGAUCCAAUUGAGAAA